UGAUCGACUCAUUGAUGACAGCAUUUGCCAUGGAAGCCACCGGUUCUUUAAAUGUUGUUCCAGGCACUGAUCCAGCUGCCAGCUCCUGGGACCAGAAGCUGCUUCACUGGAUAGACAUGGUCAUCCACAAGAUGCAGCAAAGCACUGAGCAGGAGAGCUCACAACGGUGUGCUCCUGGUACAGAUGGCCAGACCCAGGUCUCCAUGAGUGGUCCCAAGCAUGCCAUCGCUUUUUGUUUGAAGGAGUCGGGGAAUAAGCCUCCUGUGAUUCGCUAUCGGAAGGAUAAGGCACUGCCCAAGCAGACUCCCUGUUUCCCUGCCAUCACAGGCAUGAAGGAUCUGGCCAAUGGGGGUGCCAUUGCUGCCACUAUCCACUACUACUGCCCCAAGCUUCUUCGCUUAGAGGAUGUAUGCCUGAAGGAGACCAUGUCGGUGGCGGACAGCCUGUAUAACCUGCAGCUGAUCCAAGGCUUCUCUUCAGACUACCUGGGUGGCUGCUGUUUCCUCUCACUGGAGGACCUGCUGUACAUGCCGCCUGCAUUGAGGGUGAAUGUUGGGGUAUUCCUGGCAGAGCUGUUCCUGUGCUUUGAGGUGCUUAAACCAGAAUUUGUGUGCCCCAAGGAGCUGUCCAGUCUCCAAGAUUCCCCUGGAAUGAAUGACUCUUUGACAUCCAACAGCGGGAACAACAACAGCUCCCCAGUGUUCAAUUUCCGCCAUCCGCUGCUGCCUGGAGGUCAGGCACAGUCCCCACUCCGUGAUUCUUUAGGUUCCCUGCACCACUCCACAUCCAUGUCCCAUGUAGAAGGCUUUGGUAAAUCAUGGAGCAAGAAGCAGCUCAGCCAUCCAUUGUCCCAAGCGGUCUCCUUCAGCAUCCCCUUUGGCCUGGACAGUGAUGUGGACAUUGUGAUGGGCAACCCAGUGGGCAUCCUCCGUUCCAUUAGCUCUGAUAGCCUGGCACCUGCCCUCUAUUCCUCUUUGCCCCGCCCACGACCCGGAAAUAUGGCUGAGGCCCCCAACGGGCUAGUGGCACCAUCGCUUCAUGGAGCAGGGCACAAGGGCCAAGAGGGCCUGGCUGUAGAGAAUGGGCUGAGUGAUGGCUACUCUGACCUGCCCACCAUUGAGGAGGCGUUGCAGAUCAUUCACAGCAGUGAGCGGCUGCUCCCUGAGGGGGCACCGGAUGGCUUCUACCUGCAUUCUCCAGAGCCACGCAAAGUCUCCAUCCCAGAAAAGGUACCCAUGUCUGCCGUUUACCGCUGCCACAAUGGGCCUCCCAACGGUGCAGAGCCAGCCCAGGAUGGCAGCCUGGACUCUGAUGCUGAGGAGCCAUCCCGGCCAGCAGGUGGCCCAGAUGAUUCCACCUCAUGUGUGAGCUCACUGAGUUCACAGCCUGACAGUACGGCUUCAUCCACCUCUGGUGUGCGCAUGACCAGUUUUGCAGAGCGCAAGAAGAAGUUGGCAGCCACUGACAGCAAAUCCAGUGGCAUCAGCUCCGAGGGCUCAGACGCUGGCCCUGUGCCGGCAGAGGAAAGCCCUGCCCAGAGUCCUGCCCUCAGUUCAGAGAUGAGCCAGUUGGGCGCCAGGCUAGAGGAGAAGCGGCGUGCCAUUGAGGCCCAGAAGAAACGCAUAGAGGCCAUCUUUGCCCGGCACCGCCAGCGCUUGGGCAAGAGUGCCUUCCUGCAGCUACAGAAAGGGCCUGAAUCCCAGUUGGAGGAUGGUCGGCUUGGCCUGGAGGAACGGCUUGCCCAGCUGGAGGCUGAGGAAGAGCCUGGAAGCCCCCGUGCUCGUCUGGAUAACAAGCAGGUCACCUUCUCCCCAGAUAUUACCAAGGGAGCACUUGAUGAAAACCUGGGUGACUACAAUCGGGCAGUGGCCAAGCUGAACACAGCUCUGAGUUCGCUGCAGUUGGACAUGCAGCGCCUCAGUGAACAGCAGCAGCGUCUCAUGCAGGAGAAGAAGCCCAGUGCACAAGCCUGGGUGAUCCCCGCCCCAAGGACCAGCCGAGAUGGGGUGCCUCCACGCUCUUCACGGGAGCUGUCCUCGCCUGCGCCUUCACCAUCUCCUUCCCGCAAGUCUCGAUCACCUCAGCCCACCCCCAAGAAGUCUCCAGCUCCUCCAAAGAGCCCCAAGCACACACGGCCGGUUGAGCUGAAGCUGCCACCCCUCACACGUGUUCUGACGCCUCCUCAUAACGUAGACACCCUUCCACACCUUCGCAAAUUCUCACCAAGCCAGGGACCUGUGCAGACCCGUUCCUCCAUCCAUUUUGCUGAGGAUGAGGAGCUGCCAGUGCCAGAAGUGGAAGGCCAGGGUAAUUUGAGACCUGUGGCUUCUGUCCCUCCACAGGGGGGCAAUGGCCGUGUCUCAGGGGAUGGCACCAGUGAUGUUUCUUCACCCAGUGACCGGCACAGUAGCCUGAUUGAAAUUCCUCUGUCUAGCCUGAAGGGGGAGGAUGAAGAUGUGGAUGGUGAUGAUUCACUGGAGGAAUCUAUCACUGAGGCACUGGAUACAGAGCCCCGUGCUGGCUUGGGCUUCUUUUUCAAGGAUGAAGAGAAGGCUGAGGGAGAGAUGGCGCAGAAGCGUGCCAGCCUUCUGGAGAGGCAGCAGAGGCGCAGUGAGGAGGCACGGCGCAGGAAGCAGUGGCAGGAGGCGGAGAAGGAGCAGAAGAAAGACGAGGCCAGGCUGCAGGUGGAGGAGCAAACCCGGCCAGAGGAGGAAGUGGGUCCAAGGCGUGGGGACUUCACCCGCCAGGAGUACCUGAGGCGUCAUCAGCUAAAGCUGAUGGAGGAUCUGGACAAGGUGUUGCGGCAGAAGCCCACCACAGUGCGUGCCCUAAAGAAGGGGCGGCCCAAGACGGUCUUCUGCGACGACUCUGCCUUGGCACGCAGCCCUGUUAAAGGGCUCCUCGGCUCCAAGCUGAGCAAGAUAUACUCCCAGUCAACACUCUCUCUCUCGACGGUGGCCAAUGACAAUACACUUUCCAUCAAGAGGUCUUCUCGAGCUGCAUCUCCUUCCGGGCCAAUGUCCCCCAGCCGGUUCUUACCGAACCAGAACCGGGAGCGUGACUGGGAGAAUGCGUCGACUGCUUCCUCACCUGCUUCCAUACCAGAGUACACUGGGCCCAAGCUGUACAAGGAGCCCAGUGCCAAGUCCAAUAAGUACAUCAUCCACAAUGCACUGUCACAUUGUUGCCUUGCUGGGAAAGUCAACGAGCCCCAGAAAAACCGCAUCCUAGAGGAAGUUGAGAAGAGCAAAGCCAACCAUUUCCUCAUCCUCUUCCGUGAUUCGAGUUGCCAGUUCCGGGCACUCUACACACUUUCAGGAGAGACAGAAGAGCUGACGCGCCUGGCUGGCUAUGGGCCUCGCACCAUCACCAUGCCCAUGAUUGAGGGCAUCUACAAAUACAGCUCUGAUCGCAAACGCUUCACUCAGAUUCCCAGCAAGACCAUGUCUAUGAGUGUUGAUGCCUUCACCAUCCAGGGCCACCUCUGGCAGACCAAGAAGCCUGGCACACCCAAGAAGCCAGGCACCCCAAAAUAACCAGGACUUGAAAAGCUCCAUGUCAGCUCCCUGCCUGGACUUUGCAGGCAGACUUUCCAUAAUAGGUGGCUUGAGUAGGUGGGGUCACGGGGCAGGAGUGUGUAUCUAGUCCUGGGCCACUCUGGCCGGAUCUGAACCAGCUGCCGCACAGGGAACUUGGAGGGUGGGGUAGUUGUGGUGCCUGCCUUCAGGAGGAGACUGAUACUGGCUUCUGGGGUGGGUAUGAAGAAAGAUGCUCUAGAAACUGCCAAAUCCCGUGAUAAGCUAGAGGUUCACAGUUGCCAUAGUCACACUGCCCUACAUCUAGGGCUCUGGGGGCUGGAGUCUGGACUCUGCAUGCUCCAUCUGCCUCCAAUCAUCAUCUCUGAAUGUCAGUCCACAGCUGAGGCAAUGGGGGGGGGUGUCUCUUUUUCUAAUUCCUUCUUGUCUGGAGAGUGGUGUUCAGGCCCUUCCUGGUUGUGUGCUGGGCUUUUCACUGCCUAGGCAGCCCCUGUUUAUAGUAUACAUACUAUACAUAUAUAUAUAUAUAUAUAGGAGCUAUUUAAUGAUUUUUCUCAAUUCUUUGUAUAUAAAAAAGGAUCAAAUUGCAUUUGGAACAGUAAGGUGAAUUUAUAUAUGUGGUUGGCAUGAUGGAGGGGGUGGGAAGAGCACAGAGUGGGGGCAGUGAGUGUGUGUAUGUUCCCCCCCCCCCCCCCUUUCCGGGUCUUUUGUUUAAAUGUUUUUCUUCUUGCCAACUUUUUUGUUGACUCCCUGGCUCACACAGGUGUUCUGGUGAAGGGGAAAGGGCUAUUUACAUGUAAUAAUUCUUUAGCAGUAGUGGGGGGAGUCAGGAUAUGAGUAGAGAGCCAGUUUCUGAUUGAGAUAGAGCAGAGUUUCAGCUGGUCACUUCUGUUAAGUGCCAAGAAGCUGACGGUGGCUAUGGUCAUGGAGCCGGCCUCUGUGCAUCCUGAACUGAGCUGCCAGUAGAGUAGAUUACUACUACUCUUCUUUUCCCCAGCCUGCCACUCAGAGCAUAAGUAGGUAAUGAAUGUAGGAUAAAUUUCUUCAGUCCCUUUUUAAGGGAUGGUUAGGGAGGCUGAGCACCUAGUGCCAGUACAGCACCCCUCUCCCAUGGUCCUUUGGGUAUCUUUCUCCUUCCCAUGUCUGUCCCUGCUCUGCUGGAGCUGGAGCUGCUCACAAAGUGGAGGAAAAAGAGAAACAAUGCUGUUCAGCUCAGAAUUCCCCAGCCCAAUUCUGUCUUGUUGCAACUUAUUCCUGGUCUCCUGUGGUUGCCUGUUGCUGACUGAAUGUCAAGUAGGUGUUUUGGGUGGGUACGGUGUAGUGCAGGGUUGGGGAGGGGUCAGUGUAAAAAGCAGCUGGGAACUUGGCCCUGUCUGCUUAAUAAAGUAACUUAAGUGAGCCUUCUGCUGGUCAUUAUUCUGGUGGGUUUGGGAUAUAGCAAGAAGCCUGGAACUGUAUCACUGAUUAGCAGGCCUGUACCUUCACAAAUGGUUAAUUGUGAACACUGAAUGCACUUGUAGUCAACUGUGUCCACUGAUGAACUGUGGGGAUGGCAAAAUAAGCUCAAGCCUAUGGAAAAAGCUGCAGAAUACAGUAGUAGCGAUUCACAUGUCACCCCCC